AGGAGGAGAGGGCGGGGGGAAGAGAGCAGCGUUUAUCAUCAGACACUAGGCAACGAGUGGAGAAAGUGGGGGUGGUUUCGUGCCGUGUCGCCCCACGACCGGCAGCGACGGCAGAUCGAGAGGCCGUCCCUCCACUGCAAACCCAGCUGAGGUGAGGCAGGCGGGCGGGCGGGCAGUCAGUGGCCGCCGCCGAGCCGCACUCGGCCAGCCCUUGCGAGAUGAGAUGAGAUGAGGAAUCUGCCAAUGACAUAAAACAAAAGGAAGCAUGGCUCAGUUUCCAACAGCUUUUGCGGGGGGGCUGGAUGUCUGUGCCAUAACAGUGGAAGAAAGAGCUAAGCAUGACCAGCAGUUUCUUAGCAUUAAACCAGCUGGUGGAGUGAUUACUGGUGAUCAAGCCAGAAAUUUCUUUCUCCAGUCUGGAUUGCCUCCACCUGUUCUUGCACAGAUCUGGGCACUGGCUGACAUGAAUAAUGAUGGAAAGAUGGAUCAAGUGGAGUUUUCAAUAGCCAUGAAACUGAUCAAGCUAAAACUACAAGGUCACCCGCUUCCCUCCUCGCUGCCUCCCAUCAUGAUACAAAUACCAGUGGCUGUUCCAACACAAGGAUAUGGUAUAGCCAAUGCUCCAGCCUUGUCCACCAUGGGCACAUUAGCACCUUUGUCAAUGGGACCAAUGCCAGUGGUAGGAAUGUCGCCCCCACUGGUAUCUUCUGUUCCUGCGGUUGGAGUCCCUGCACUUGCCAAUGGGACAUCUAUGGUGCAGCCUCUGGCUGCCUUUGCUCAUCCAGGAGCCACAUUGCCAAAGAGUUCUUCCUUCAGUCGUUCUGUAUCAGCCGCUCAAGCUAAUGGAAUAAAACUACAAAAGGCACAGUCAUUCGAUAUGGGAAAUGUAAAUGUGCCACCCACAGCUGCUUCUGUGGAAUGGGUUGUUCCACAAUCUUCCAGGUUGAAAUAUAGACAGCUCUUCAACAGCCACGAUAAAACAAUGAGUGGACAUUUAACAGGUCCACAGGCAAGAACAAUUUUAAUGCAAUCCAGUUUACCGCAGGCUCAAUUAGCAUCUAUAUGGAAUCUUUCAGAUAUAGAUCAAGAUGGAAAACUUACUGCAGAAGAAUUCAUUCUUGCUAUGCACUUAAUUGAUAUGGCCAUGUCUGGGCAGCCAUUGCCGCCUGUCUUGACUCUAGAUUUGAUCCCACCUACCUUUAGAUGCUACAGUCCAACCGUUCUAUUUGAAUAUUGCAGAAGAGCCAGGUCUGGUAGUGCAAAGUCUACCGGAAGCUCAUUGUGUCUUGAUCAAAGGGUACCUGAAGAACCACAAGAAGAGGAAUCUGACAAGAAAUUGCCCGUGUCAUUUGAGGACAAGAAACGAGAGAACUUUGAACGGGGGAACCUUGAACUUGAAAAGCGGCGUCAGAUUCUUCUGGAACAGCAGCGAAAGGAGCAGGAACGGUUUGCCCAGUUGGAGCGAGCGGAACAAGAACGGAAAGAGCGGGAACGUCAAGAGCAAGAGAGGAAGAGGCAAAUGGAGUUGGAGAAGCAGCUGGAAAAACAGCGGGACUUUGAACGACAGAGGGAGGAAGAGAGAAGAAAAGAAAUAGAGAGGCGCGAGCAGGCAAAACGUGAAUUAGAACGGCAGCGCCAACUCGAAUGGGAACGGAGUCGUCGACAGGAACUCUUGAACCAAAGAAACAAAGAACAAGAAGAUAUCGUUGCUUUGAAAGCCAGGAAAAAAACGUUAGAGUUCGAACUCGAGGCCCUUAGUGAUAAAAAGAAUCAGUUGGAAGGAAAGCUUCAAGAUAUCCGGUUUCGUGUUUCGACUCAGAGGCAUGAAAUUGAGCAUACAAAUCAGACAAGGGAAUUACAGAUUUCAGAAAUUACACAUCUACAGCAACAACUGCAGGAAUUUCAACAGAUGCUCAGUCUACUGAUUCCAGAGAAACAGGCUCUCAAUGAUAAAUUGAAGCAGGUCCAACAGAACAACUUUCAUAGAGACGCUAUUCUUGCUGUCAAAAAAUCUUUGGAAAGCAAAGAGCUGACGAGACAACGGCUUCGUGACCAACUUGAUGAAGUUGAGACAGAAACGAGGGCAAAGCUUCAGGAGAUAGACGUCUUCAAUAAUCAGUUAAAGGAACUGCGGGAAAUGCACAACAAGCAGCAAAUACAGCGACAGAUAGAAGCUGAAAUGGAAAUGCAGAAGCAGAAGGAACAAGACCGGAGGACACAAGAACUAGAACGACAACACGAGAAAGAAGCUGCUCAGAGAUCAGCACAGGAGCGUGAUAAACUCUGGCAGGAUCAAGUUCAAAACGAUGAGGAAAAACGGCUAAGAAGCCUCCAACAGGAGGAAAAUCGAAGGCGGGAAGAGACGCUUCAAAAGAGAGAACCCGAGGAAAAGAGCAAGCCGGAGAUAUUAAACAAAAUGUUCCAACAACAUCUGGAGCCAUCAAAGAAACUGUCUCCGAGUGGAUGGCAGCCACCAGAAAGGCCUACAUCAGUAAAUUCGGAUCAAGAUGGUGUUAAAGUUGUAUAUUAUAAAGCACUGUACCCAUUUGAAGCUAGGAGCCAUGAUGAGCUUACCAUUCAACCUGGGAAUGUCAUAAUGGUGGACGAAAGCCAGACUGGUGAACCCGGGUGGCUUGGAGGUGAACUGAAGGGAAAAACUGGAUGGUUUCCUGCAAAUUAUGCAGAGAAAAUUCUGGAGAGUGAACUGCCGCCCACUUUACAACCAGGAACACGACUUACUGCAAAGAUUGCUCCUCACACAGUGACUGCUGGUGUUGCACAGCCCAUGCCCGAGACCACCACAUCCUCCAAUUGGGCAGAUUUUAGCUCCACUUGGCCCACUACAGCCACUGAGAAACCGGAGAACGACAACUGGGAUGCUUGGGCAGCACAGCCUUCACUCACUGUUCCUAGUGCUGGUCAGCCACGUCAGAGAUCGGCAUUCACCCCCGCUACUGUGUCUGGAUCAUCUCCAUCGCCUGUGUUAGGCCAGGGGGAGAAGGUUGAAGGGCUUCAAGCCCAAGCUUUAUAUCCUUGGAGGGCAAAGAAGGACAAUCAUCUCAACUUCAACAAAAAUGACAUAAUCACUGUUCUAGAACAACAGGAUAUGUGGUGGUUUGGAGAAGUUCAUGGACAAAAGGGCUGGUUCCCCAAGUCCUACGUGAAACUCAUUUCGGGACCCGUGAGGAAAUCUAUCAGUGUGGAUUCUGCUGCAGAAAGCCCACCCAGCUUGAAGAGAGUGGCUACCCCCCCAUCAAAAGUGAUUGCUUCACAGGGAGAUGCACAGUGCAGGGAGGAGGCUCCUCCGCCUCGACCUCCCUCUCUCCCGAAGAAAGAUUCCAACUUGAGGGUGCCUUGCGCUUCAGAUAUGUUCUCUGCUGCUUCUUGUGGAGAAGAAUUUGUUGCUAUGUACACAUAUGAAAGUAAUGAACCUGGAGAUUUAACGUAUCAGCAAGGAGAUGUGAUUCUUGUGACAAAGAAAGAUGGUGAUUGGUGGUCGGGUGUUGUCGGGGAAAAAGUGGGUGUCUUCCCGUCGAACUACGUCAAACCAAAGGAUUCUGAGGGACCUGGACAAAUGGGAAAAGGAGGAAGCCUUGGAAGGAAACCAGAAAUCGCACAGGUAAUUGCUCCUUACACCGCAACAGGAGCCGAACAACUUACACUGGCACCUGGCCAGCUUAUUCUCAUCCGCAAGAGGAAUGCUGGCGGAUGGUGGGAAGGAGAACUUCAGGCACGAGGCAAGAAACGGCAAAUAGGAUGGUUCCCUGCCAAUUACGUGAAACUUCUGAGUCCAGGGACAAGUAAAAGUACUCCAACGGAAGCCAUAAAACCCCCUGUUACAGCAAAUGUCUUGUUCCAAGUGAUUGGGAUGUAUGACUACAUUGCACAGAAUGACGAUGAACUCGCGUUUGCCAAAGGACAGAUCAUUGGCGUUCUUAACAAGGACGAUCCUGAUUGGUGGAAAGGGGAGCUCAACGGCGUCGCGGGUCUCUUCCCGUCCAAUUACGUGAAGCUAACGACGGAUAUGGACCCAAGCCAGCAAUGGUGCGCUGACUUGCAUCUGCUGGACAUGCUCACGCCAUCCGAGCGGAAACGACAGGGUUACAUCCACGAGCUCAUUGUGACAGAGGAGAACUACGUGAGUGACCUGCAGCUGGUGACUGAGGUUUUUCAAAAACCAUUGCUGGAGUCUGAUCUGCUGACGGAAAAAGAAGUGACCAUGAUUUUUGUGAACUGGAAGGAGCUCAUCAUGUGCAAUAUCAAAUUGUUGAAGGCGCUGCGUGUAAGGAAGAAGAUGUCGGGGGAGAGAAUGCCGGUGAAAAUGAUCGGAGACAUUCUAACUGCACAGUUGCCCCACAUGCAGCCCUACAUCCGAUUCUGCAGCUGCCAGCUUAACGGGGCGGCACUCAUCCAGCACAAGACGGAUGAAAUUAUAGAAUUUAAGGAAUUUGUCAAGAGACUAGCGAUGGACCCACAGUGCAAAGGAAUGCCUCUGUCAAGCUUCUUACUAAAGCCCAUGCAAAGAGUAACCCGUUACCCAUUGAUCAUAAAAAAUAUUCUGGAGAACACGCCGGAAAACCACCCGGAUUUCAGCCACUUGAAGCAGGCGCAAGAGAAGGCGGAGGAACUGUGCUCUCAGGUGAACGAGGGCGUGCGGGAGAAGGAAAAUUCCGACAGGCUGGAAUGGAUCCAGACGCACGUCCAAUGUGAAGGUUUAUCCGAGCAACUUGUUUUUAACUCGGUGACAAACUGCUUGGGUCCUCGGAAGUUUCUGCACAGUGGCAAACUUUACAAAGCCAAGAGUAACAAGGAGCUUUUUGGAUUUCUGUUCAAUGACUUCCUGCUGUUGACUCAGAUCAUUAAACCGCUAGGUUCGUCGGGAACCGACAAAGUCUUCAGCCCUAAGUCAAACCUGCAGUACAAAAUGUACAAAACACCUAUCUUUCUGAAUGAAGUGUUGGUGAAGUUACCGACUGACCCUUCUGGUGAUGAGCCAAUCUUCCACAUCUCCCACAUCGACAGGGUGUAUACGCUUCGUGCUGAGAGCAUCAAUGAAAGAACAGCCUGGGUGCAAAAAAUUAAAGCAGCUUCAGAACUGUACAUAGAGACGGAGAAAAAGAAGCGGGAAAAGGCUUAUUUGGUUCGAUCCCAAAGGGCUACAGGCAUCGGACGGCUGAUGGUGAAUAUAGUUGAAGGUAUAGAACUGAAAGCAUGUAGAUCCAAUGGAAAAAGUAACCCUUACUGUGAAGUGACAAUGGGGAGCCAGUGCCACAUCACAAAAACCAUUCAGGAUACGUUGAACCCCAAGUGGAAUUCUAAUUGUCAGUUCUUCAUCAAAGACCUGGAACAAGAUGUCCUCUGUAUUACUGUCUUUGAACGUGACCAGUUCUCACCAGAUGAUUUUCUGGGCCGCACAGAGAUUCGCGUUGCGGAUAUCAAGAAAGAUCAGGGGUCCAAAGGUCCAGUUACAAAGCGCCUCCUGCUGCACGAAGUUCCCACUGGGGAGAUCAUGGUGCGCCUGGAUUUGCAACUCUUUGAUGAAACAUAAGGGUGAUAUAUGGACGUACGCGCACUGAAAUGCCACUGAAUCGUGACUGAAUCGAGCAUCUGCAGAAGCGAGGGACACUGCACCCUCCACCAUGCAGUGUGCACGGAGCAAACUUUGUUUACUGCUUUGCAUUCAACAUAGAGAAACGUGAGUUCGUAGUUGCCACCUCCCUCUGUCAGUGCAAAAACCGUCACAUCUCUACAUUCCCCAAGAUGUCCAGACUCCAAGCUUGACUUUGUUUUUUUCCAAACAACCGAUCAGUGGUCCUGAAUGGAGCUGAUCCCAUUGUCUGGUCAACGUUUUAGUGACUUGCACAAGUUUUUAACAGGGGCCGUUACAGAAGCCAAGUUGCAUUUUUGUGGUUUGAGUGAGUGCAACAUACACUCCGAGUCUGUGUGUCAUUCCAUCAAGUUAAUCACUUUUCUGUGUGCUUGAUUAGAACAUUUUAGGAACAGCAUUGGAAAAAAAAAUUACGGUGCCAAGAUAAAGUGUCAUAAAUUAUUAUAAAUCAAUUUAGAAGAAUUUUUUCAUAACAAAUCUCCAAGCGCAGAAUUGUCAAUGAUGGAAGAUAGUAGGGAGAGGUUCUUGAAUGAUUGAACAAAAAUAAUGUAAACUUGUUCACUGUAUUAGAGUUUAAUAUACAAUUGUAAGUCUCUCUCUCUCCCUCCCUCUCUCUUUUUCAAGUAGAGUUUGUUGAGAAAGUGCAGCUUUAAAUUCCACCUCUGACCUGCCGAAUGGACCGUUCAGAGGGCAGGUUUCUUAUUGGGCUGGUGAUGCACCAAAGGGAACUGAGGUCGUAGACUGAAGGGGUUUCUCUGUACAUUUGGUUGAUUCUACUUUCCUAUUAUAGUAUUAUAUUAUCAGUCCUGUUAUACACUGGAAGCUGUUUGCUCAUAAGACUAAUUAGCUUGUUUAUUAGCUUGUUUAUUGCUGUUGGAUAGUUUCCACAUUACCUGUACUUUAAUGAACUGUGAAAUUUGGCAAAAGCCCACUUUAAGCUGCCAUUGUGUUAUCACUGUUGGUAUUCAUUUGAAAAUACAAUGAACAACCUAUCAUUACACACA